UGACUUUUCAUUGAAAAUUAAACGCGCUAUGAAUCAAUUAAUGACGUUGUUUCUGGGAAAAGGGGAAAUGACCGCUAGCGGCUCAGGAGUCAGGCAGGAUAACAUUUCACGGUGCAGCCUCGCCGCGCUCCCUGUCGGUUUGUUGCCUACUGAACGGCUGAACGCCGCCCGCGUUGCGCCAUUUUGAACGUGUAUGCAGGGAGAGGCAGAGGCGAGGGAAACCUCAAAGUAGAGUGCAAAGUCUAAGAAACAGCACAGAGGGUUGUAGUUUACUUCCUUUGGUUGAAAACUGAUUCGUACUGUCUGUUUCUACUGGACCGAGCACUUGUGCGUUCCUCCGACUAACCAGCAGCUCCCAGUCGUCAUUCCUCCACUCCUCCUCGGGCAGAACCAGCCAGCCGACCCGGGUCAGCACUGCUCCAGUCCGGGGCCCGAGCCCGCUACAGACCCGCACUGUCCGAGCCGCUCAACAUGGCAGGGGCCGGCGGUGGGAGCAAUGAUGUGCAGUGGUGCUUUUCACAAGUCAAAGGAGCGAUAGAUGACGAUGUAGCCGAAGCUGACAUCAUAUCUACUGUUGAAUUCAACCACUCUGGAGAGCUGCUAGCCACUGGGGACAAGGGGGGCCGUGUUGUCAUCUUUCAACAGGAGCCAGAGAGUAAGAACCAACCGCAGUGCUGUGGAGAGUACAACGUUUACAGCACCUUCCAGAGCCAUGAGCCCGAGUUCGACUACCUGAAAAGUCUUGAGAUUGAGGAGAAGAUCAACAAGAUUCGAUGGUUGCCUCAGAAGAAUGCAGCACAGUUCCUUUUAUCCACAAAUGACAAAACCAUAAAGCUGUGGAAAAUCAGUGAGCGUGACAAGAGACCCGAGGGCUACAAUUUGAAGGAAGAAGAUGGCCGAUACAGAGAUCCAAAUACAGUUACAGCACUACGGGUACCAGUAUUCAGGCCCAUGGAUUUGAUGGUGGAGGCCAGCCCCAGACGAGUGUUUGCAAAUGCUCACACCUACCAUAUCAACUCCAUCUCAGUCAACAGUGAUUGUGAGACCUACCUGUCUGCAGAUGACCUUCGCGUUAACCUAUGGCAUUUGGAGAUCACUGACCGCAGCUUUAAUAUUGUUGACAUUAAGCCAGCUAAUAUGGAGGAGUUGACGGAGGUGAUCACAGCAGCAGAGUUUCACCCCAACCAGUGCAACACUUUUGUGUACAGCAGCAGCAAGGGCACCAUCCGUCUGUGUGACAUGAGGGCGUCAGCGCUGUGUGACAAACAUGCCAAAUUGUUUGAAGAGCCAGAGGAUCCAAACAAUCGCUCAUUCUUCUCUGAAAUCAUCUCAUCCAUCUCUGAUGUAAAGUUCAGCCACAGUGGACGCUACAUGAUGACCCGCGACUACCUGUCUGUCAAAAUCUGGGACCUCAACAUGGAGACCCGACCCGUAGAGACGUAUCAGGUGCAUGAAUAUCUCAGAAGUAAGUUGUGUUCACUCUAUGAGAACGACUGCAUCUUCGACAAGUUUGAGUGCUGUUGGAAUGGGAACGACAGCGUCGUGAUGACUGGUUCCUACAACAACUUCUUCAGGAUGUUUGACAGAGGCUACCGGCAGGACGUGACCCUAGAGGCAUCGCGGGAGAACAGCAAACCGCGGUCGGUGCUGAAACCUCGCAAAGUAAGCACAGGUGGGAAGCGCAAAAAGGAUGAGAUCAGUGUAGACAGUCUGGACUUUAACAAGAAGAUCCUGCACACUGCCUGGCAUCCUCUGGACAACAUCAUUGCUGUGGCCACCACCAACAAUCUGUACAUAUUCCAGGAAAAACUGAACUAGCAUUAGAUGAACCGCUCAGAUCCCAGUUUCUGCUUAAGCCCCAUUGCUCUGAUACAUGCAUAAAACAAUAUCUGUCUUUGGCUAAAUCCGCAAGUCUGCACAAGAUCUGUCCUUGAUUAUUUUAGUACUGAAUGUGACGAGCAUUACUCACACAGUACAUCCCAGCAGGCCAUCAGCAGGGUUUGUAGAUCUCAGUCCAGACUUUGGGAUUUAGUGUCGUAGUAGUCCUCCGAUAGGAGCGCUCCAUUUAUCCAGCUGCAACUCCACUACAUCCCAAACCAAAGGGAAGAUGUGUUAGAUACACAUAUUUGGCUAGUUUGUUUAUUAUUUUGUGCCAUUGUGACAUGAUUCAUUUGUCAUAGCUACUAAUUGUUCAUAAGUUUCUGUAGCUACCAUGUUUUAUUAGUUUGAAUAGGAAAUUCUUUCUACUGUUCAUACAACUUUCUGUCACAAAGUUCCUUUUUGUACUGGCCUGAAGCACUGCUAAUACAAGCUGUCAACACUCCAUAUUUGCCCCAAGUAUUUGUCAAGUUGCCAAGUUCACUCACCACUCCUCCCUAAUAUUUAGUAUGUUAAUGCUGUUAAAGGGCCAUUCUAGUGUUUUCUCAUGUUUAACUCAUUCUCUGUAAAAAAAAAAAAAAAAAAGUGUAUUUACAUUACUGCCAACCUUUUUCCACAGCGUACCAAUAUUUAUUAGAUUGUUUUCUUAUCUUCAAGGCAGCCACUGGUUUACAUUUAUCUAUUUACAGUAAGAAAAUCUACUUACAGAGACUUGAAACUGAUCACAGUGAACAUUUUGUUCUCCUUGUCUUAAUUAGUGUUUGGUAGUGUAUUUGCUAGCAGAGAGUGUUGAUAUCCUCUGACAUCUGACACUUUGUUGUAAUCUACCUAACAGAAACCAUUUUAUUUUCCAAGAAAUAAUGAAAGCCAGUUUAUCCUUUUAAAACAUCCAUCUUUCUUAACAUUUGUCUUUUGGGUUAGUUUGUUUCAGCAAAGCUUGUAAAUGCAACGGUUUUUGAGUAGCUAAAGGUCAACACUACGAUGCUAUAACACCAUGACUACAUCAGCAUCAUGUAUUCAAAACAUUUCCUGCUCUCAGCUGCAUUAACAAAACCUGACUAGAUGUUCAGAGAUAGAUUACUGAUGUCAAGCAAGAUUCAACACUAAGUUGAUUUUAAUAAUGUAUAGAAAUGGCUACUCUUUGGAAAACUGUUGGCAGUAAUGAAUAUGCAAUUUCUAGUUAAUGCGAAAACAAACAAAAAGACCUGUGUAGGCCUUUAACAUGGACACAAGAAUGGCAUGCACACACACACACACUCGGCAGGUAUUACGGUUUUAGGAGGUGAAUGGGGGCUAAUCAUGCCAAAGUAACCAGUCCUCUACCCUCGUAAGUUCGAAUCAUAUAAAGCUGUCUUGCAGACGAGGUGCCCCUGGUCAGACUGGUGACCCUUGCACAUGUGUGGACCACCGUUAAAAAGCUCAGGACAAAAGCUUGUUAUAUACGUGGAAGAGCAUGAUGUGGCCUAAUUCUCUCGUGGUCUGUGGUACCAAAGUUGAGUGCUGCUGCCAGUUUCCCCACAAAGCCCGUCGUGUUGUUGCUGAUUGAUCGAUCACUUUGCCCUCUGGAUCUAGUUUCUGUUCGUAGUUUUUUUUAUGAUGUUUUGUACUGUACCUGAUAAAAGAGAAGAAUAAUCACUAUAGCUGAUUUAUUUUUGUAUAAAUUAAGGCAAUUGGAUUACAGUCUGAUCACUGUAGUUUCUUUAGCUGUCUAUCUCGGACUGAUUGUAGAUGGAACGUUGCCUGAUCGGGUAACCUUUUUUUUUUUUUUUUUUUUUUUUUUUGUCAUAUGACUUUGCGUCAUGUCGUUCAUUCUGGCAGGUAUUUGUUUGAAAGCUAGACUUUUUGUGACAUCUAAGAAGUGUGUUGUUUCUGACGUGGGACGUCCAAAGACAAGUAUUUUCAGGUGUCAGUACCUCUGUAGUCAUAAGCACUAUAACAGUUUAUUUUUUUAAUUUGGCUGACUGUAACUGAUGUUUAUGUAGUACUUAUUUAGACGCUUCAGAGUUAGAUUCUGAGUUCAUUUUGUUUCUUAACGUUCUGUUUUUGUGCCAUGGUUUUGUUUGUGAACCAUUUUGCUCGCUGUGAAAGAAUAGGCCCUCGUCGGCCUAAGUGGGAAAGGCAUUUUUAGUCAAGCAUUAAAUUAACAAUCUUAAAACUGUCAAAUCAAGUUCGCUCUAAAGCUAGUUAAGCAAAUUGACUAGGCAGAGUUACUGAUUCUGAAUUAUUGUAUGAAAAGUUUUCUCUCUCCUGAUGCAGGGGUGGCUCUUCUAUUGACUUGUUUAUUUAAAAGGAGAAUUUGUGGAGCACUUGGUCUGCAGAUGAUUGAUGUAUGGAAACUGUUAUUAAUGACUGCGUUGAACACGGGAAAGUACUAUAAAUUAAAUCUACUGUUUCUCUGCUACACUAUGCUUCAAUCACACGCUGCCAUUUCUCUUCUAGAGCAAACAGGUUAAUUAUAGCACAGUUUUUUCUCCUCUUUUCUUUCUGAAAAUACUGUUUAAUGACAUAAAGCCAUUGAAUCAGGGCAUGAAUCUUACUGGUCCACUGGAUCAUAUUCAUGUAAAUUAAUGUUUCACUUUUACCUUUAGACAACUGAUUUCCAAUCACUAGAACGCCACCAAAAUAACCAUCUCCACAAGGUGGUGUUAAGCUACUGUUGAGUGUCACUUCCUCAGGGCUCUGGGUAAUGUCCUCUAGUUAUGAGACACUUUUCUAAUCUCUCUUUUCUUUUAUUUUGCAAGCUUUUCAAAAGGCUUUUCUCUGUCUGAUGCAAGAACAUGUGUCAUAUGUAUAGUAUAAACCUGCAUAAUGUGGCGCCUUUGUCCCAUUCCGCUGUUAAGUAUGAUCUAAUCUUUUGGUCACCAAACAAGAGAGUUAUCCAUUGGAAAAUAUGAGAUCAGUCUUGAGAUCAGUCUUGUCCUGUCAUCCAUCCAAAGGAAGAAUUUACUCAUUUCACUGUUUAAAGUAAAUAUUAGACUUCUAACAAGCUGUUGAAAGAUGUGAGAAAUGUUAGAAAAUGCAAGAAUCUGUAUAAAAAUAGUAUUGGAUUAGAAUCAGCGAGUUUUCUUCUUGAAAAAUCUAACAUUGGCUUUUUAAAAAAAAUCAACGUCUUUGAACUCACAGCAGAGAUGGUCAUCAGACUGUUUGAGUGUCAGACGUACAGUAACAGAGCAGUAUUGAAAACAUUCAUUCAAACAUAUUGACACAUUCACGGACAUUUAUAAAAACUAAAUGACUAACCAGUAAUCUUUUUCACUUUCCCCUCAUAUUGUCUUCAUAGCUACUGUUCAAGGCUGUGGUGGAAACCACAAAACAUGUUCAAAAGAACCCUGUUGCCUUUCUUAAAGCAUUAAGAAGAAAUAAGAUAAUCAAGUAUGUUUCUUGAACUUUCUGGCAUGCCAGACAGGAGACUGCUCAGGGGAAUUAACCGCUGCUCUGUGAUCAAAACCUUGUACCUUCAAGAAAGCAGCUUUUCACUACUCUAUUAAAAACGUGCUUAUUUACACGUCUAUCACACACUUUUAACAAAUUUCUACAAUGGCUUUUGAAUUGGUUUCAUGAGCUUGGGGUCAACUAAAGAUCUACAUGAAAACUGUCUACAUUGGAGUUAUGAGGUUUUUCCACUUACAGCAGCAUUAUAUACAUGUCUAAUGUAUCACAGGAGUUAAAACAAAAUGCACUUUUAUUUUUGUGAAUUUCAUUAAUUUGUAAAGUGUUUUUUUUUUUUUGUUUAUUUCUUUCAAGGGGCUCUUGAAUAAAGAUUGUAGGAGAGUUUUGGUGAUCUGUUUGGGGGGAAAAAAACUACAAAUGGUUCAUUGUACAGCCAUGUUUGUCUUUGUCAAAUGGAAUAAAGUACAAUUUAGAUGAAAAGUAAUAGAGAAUUUCAAACUUGAGUUCUGAAUAAAAUGAUUUAUUUACUUGCUU